AUGUUGAGGGCGCUUCUUCGCUGGGCGAGGACGGCUCACCUCCUGGACAAGGAGACCCCCAGUUCCAGCUUCUGGCAACGCCACCGCUGCGAGCUGAUUGCAGCAGCAGCCGUCAUUCUUUUGGGCGCGGCUUUCAUGGUGCACAGGAGCUCCGGGAGGUCCACCUACCUCGUGCAAGAGAAGCCGCAGUCAGACCGCCGCACAUACCAGUACUCCGUGCUUCCGAACGGGCUGCCGCUCCUGAACAUCCAGGAUGCAGAGAGCCACAAGAUGGCAAUGGCCAUGGCAGUCCGAGCCGGCAGCUACGAUGAUCCCCACGAGCUACCAGGCCUCGCUCACUUCUGCGAGCACAUGCUUUUUCUGGGCACCACCAAGUACCCAGAGCCCAGCGGCUUUGACAACUUCUUGACGAAGUACGGAGGGGCCUCCAAUGCAUAUACGGCUUCGGAGGUCACCGUCUACUUCGCAUCUGCUGGUGCUGAUGCAGCGCCAGAGGGCUUGGAUCGCUUUGCCGACUUCUUUCGAGCACCGCUCUUCAAGAAGGAGAGGGCUGUCUUGUCGUCGGAUGCUGGGUUUGAGCGCGCUCUUGCGGUGCGCCGCUGCAUCUCCGACAUUGAGGUUGCUGACUUUGUUGCCCUUGACCUGGAGUUUUCUGGGCUCUUCCUGGAAACGAAGCGGGAUGGGGCAAUGAAAUCGGACGCCUACUUCACCAAGUGUGCUGAGAGUGUUCCCAAGUUCAUGGCUUUGCAGCUGGGGCUGUGUUGCGCACGCCUGCAGAAGGAGAAGGACCAGACUUGGGAAUUUCGUACGCACCAGUUUGAUCUUUGGCCACAAGCUCAGCGAAUAUUCUCAGUUGACCUUCAGUCGUUGAAGUUCCUGCGUUCGCAUGGGUUUGACUUCAAUGAGUUUCUGGAAAAAGCGCAUCCCUACAAGAGGCUGAAGCCCGACGGCAAAUUGGAGCAAGAUACCCCGAAUGCAAAUGCGGUGCUGCAUGCGCUGCGCACAGCCAAGCCGCCGCUGGUGGUCCACAACGGCCUGUUGGACGUCCUUCAUCUGUACGACAAGUUCAUAGCAGAUUUGCCUGGUGACUUUAGCGAAUUCGGGCAAGCUUGGCUGGAGCAGUUCCCGCUGCUGUUUGACACAAGAUUUCUUGCACAAGAGGGCCGCCUCCAAGUGCUGAAGCACACUGGCGGCUUGAGUUUGGAUGUCCUGCACAAGCACAUGCGUGGGCAAACGGAUUACUUGAAGCUGCAGCGAUUCAGUGAGAACCCAGAAGGGUCCAUGCACUCCGCGGGCUUCGACGCCACGGUCACAGCCGAAUUGUUCGUCAUGGAGGUCGACAAGUGGAUUCGCUUUGAUGAGCGGAAAGGAAGUGAACCGAACACCCAGAAGACUUCCUGCGAAGCAAACGAUGAGAAAGCCGGAAAGACCAACGAGGAUGAUGGUGAGGAGUUCAUUCUUGUUGGGAGUGGACGCAAGCGAAAGAGAAAACCAAAAAGCACCGGCUUUAUUUGUCCCAGUUUCCUGGAAAGCCACAAGGCCUUGCGCAGGUUCCACAACAAGAUUGCCCUGGUGAACACGGUCCCAGGGUUCUUCGUCCUAGGAGGCCCCAAGGAAAUGCCGGAAGAGGCAGAGGAGUUUGUCAAAAAGGAAGUCCAAGCCAUCAACAGCGAGCAUGAGAAGAACGUACAGAGCAACCUACGGCGGAUCUUCGAACUUCUCGAGUCGCAGGCCAACCCGGAUUCGGUUGUGGGCAGGUUCGCCACUGGCAACAUGGAGACCCUGUAUAGCGCUCCCACGCGGAAUGGUACUUCGCCAGUGGAUGCGCUCAAGGGCUACUUCAAGCAGCACUACUGCCCAGAGCAGAUGCGCCUAGUGACGUUUGGCCCACAGCCAUUAGCAGAGCAGAUGAAGCUCGUCACGAAGGCCGGCUUUGGAGAGUUGGAUCCAGGGGCUGCUUCAUGCGCUCAAGACAAGCGGAGAUUUCCCGAGCCGCAGCCAUUCCCUCGCUCCUUCAUGGGCAAGCACUUGCUGGUGGAAGGCACGGAGGCCACAGGCGCGCUGUGGCUGCACUUCCAGCUGCCAAGCCUGAGCAGGGAGCAUGCGGCCCAGCCGCUGACCUACCUGAAUUAUGUCAUCGAUUAUGGAGGUGAGAAUUCCCUGAAGAGGGUCUUGAGCGAUUCCCUGGGACUUGUCUCCAAUGUGCAGCUGGAGGAGCAGACAGACUCGACUGGCACGAUGUUUAUGGUGGUUUUCUCCACUACCGAGCUUGGCUUCAACCACUCCCAGGCAAUCUUGGAUGUCUUCUUCAGUUAUUUGGCUGGACUAUCAGCGGGGGCCGAUAUGAAUUUGUACAAGAGUAUUCAGGACAUGGUGAAAUUGCAGUGGGAUUGGAAGCAACAAGAUGAUGCCUUCGGGACUGUGUCGAACCUGGCAGAGGUCAUGACUCGCCUGCCCCAUGAGAAGCUUUUGUCAGGCGAUAGCUUGAUCGAGAAGCCGGAUGCGCAGCUGAUGUCCUCCUUAAUUCAGCUUGUUGAGCCAGGCAACAUGAAUAUCGCUGCGGUGGCUCCUUCUGCACUUGGGGAAGAGCCGCUGAAAGCCACCAAGAAACCCAUCAGGACCUUGCAGUAUUAUGGAGCCAAGUACGUGGAACAGACCAUGGACGAGGACAGUGGGACGUUUCUUGGCAUGGCCAAAUGCACAGGAGCGGUGGCCGGAACUGCCUUCAUCGCCGGCGCAGGAACCCAGACGAAGUCAAGGGCAUUGCGCGCCACCGCGGUCCAGCCUCACCAGGCUCCAGCGCAGUCUGCCUCUGCAGCCACUACAUCCGCGUAUGCGGCAGCUUCCGUGGUGGCAGCCAGCGCGGGCGUUCUCUUGGCUGGACGCAAGGGCAUCAGCCUGGGCAAGACCACAAUCACGGCUUUGAACGUCGGCGCAGGAGCUGGGAGUGCAGGCUCCAGUCGGAUUUUGGGAUCCUUUGGGCUUGGCAAAGGACGGUGA